CGAGGUGCGCCAAAACUAACGCCGCUCAUCCUUUAAGAAUGAGAGGAGGAGGAGGGGGGGAGCGAGGUAUCACGAACCGAAUGUGAAAUCUCAUCAGUGCUUUCGACGAUGCCGACUUGGACACUUUCACCAUGGAAGCUUUUAAGAGUGAGAGUCUUACAGUAGGAGCCCGGUUUUGGUGGCACAAACUGAACCUUUUCAUUUUUUGCGUCUCUGCGAGGGAACGGUCCACAGCUGUAAAGUGUGAUUUUUAAAAAGGGGGGAAAAAAAAAGAGAGAAAAAACUCGCCUCUAUAUGUGGAUUGACCCCCCCCCCUCCCCCCUUCAUCCUCUCUUCCUCUCUCUUCUCAGCAUUCCCUCAGUCAGUCGACAGAUUUUUUUUUGGUGCCAUUACAGCUCAGUAGAGGGUGUCAGAUUAUUCUUAGAGCACCGCGCUAGGAUGAACACCGUCUCCGCGUCCCUCCUUUUGUGAUUCCCCCUGAAUCGCCACGCUAAAGGAGGAAAAAAAAAAAAAGGGGGGUCGAGGAGCAGAAGAAGAGAGGAGGAAGACGACGCGAGGGGCAAGACGACCGAAGGGAUGUAAAGAGGGGGAUGCGGGUGCUUUGCAGCGGUGGGAUCGCCUCUUACAGCUCCAGCGCGGGGUGUGAAUUCAGCACCGGGGAGAGAGAGAGAGAGAGAGAGAGACGGAGAGAGAGAGAGACAGAGAGAGAGGGGACAGCUCCCUGCGCCGCAACACGCAGCACGACCGGGAGAGAGAGAGGAAGACCACAAGAAAAAACACACACACACACACAAGGAGGCUCGGAUUUGUUCCAUUAUUUUUCCCCUUGCCAAGGUCAGUGUUUGAUUAAGUGAAAAGAAAGAAGAGAGAGAGAGAGAGUGAGAGAGAGAGAGAGAUGUAUCGGACUCUGCUGCCUGCUGGGGUUCGGUUCUGAUCGCGAACACGCGGAGGCUGGGGGAGGAUUCGGUCGGCGUGAAAAGAGACGUUUAUGUGCUGAUUUUUUUCCCACACACACACACACACACAAAAAACUGGAAGUCUUGGACACAAGUGCAGGUUAGAUGCAGCAUGGAUCUGUUAUAAAAGACUGCCUUAUCUUCUCCCCUAAAUGUCUAUAUCCCCCCCACCACCUCCCUCUCCCUCCCUCCCUCCAUCCUUUUUUUUUUUUUUUGUCUUCUUCUUUUUCGCAUUGAUGUAGACUGAAUCCACAGCUCGCAUGUCUUGAAGCCCGGGAAUGAAUUGUCCACGUUGAAAAAAAAAUGCUGCUUUGGAUCGUCCUGCUGAAUGCGGCUCUUUGUGUUGCCAGUGGAAAUGUUACAAGGGACGUUUGUAAGGAGCAGAUAUGCUCUUGCAACGAGAUCGAGGGAGAUCUGCACAUAGACUGCGAAAAAAGGAGCUUCACCACUCUGCAGCAUUUGACCGGCCCCAGCUCGCAGUUCUACCACUUGCUGUUGCACGGGAAUUCUCUCUCCAGGCUCUUUCCCAACGAGUUCGCCAACUUUUACAACGCUGUGAGCCUGCAUCUGGAGAACAAUGGCUUGCACGACAUUGUGCCGGGCGCCUUUCUGGGACUGCAGCUGGUGAAGCGCCUGCACAUCAAUAACAAUAAGAUCAGAUCCUUCAGGAAGAGUACGUUUCUGGGCUUAGACGACUUGGAAUACCUCCAAGCUGAUUUCAAUCUAUUGAGGGAUAUUGACCCCGCCGUUUUCAGGGACCUAAAUAAACUUGAAGUGUUAAUACUUAACGACAACCUCAUCAGCGCGCUACCUAUAAACGUGUUUCAACAUGUGCCCAUUACGCAUCUCGACCUGCGAGGGAACCGAAUCAAAACGUUGCCUUAUGAGGGGAUCCUGGAACAGAUACCGGGCAUUGCGGAGGUUUUGUUGGAGGACAACCCUUGGGACUGUAACUGCGACCUGGUUUCUCUUAAGGAAUGGCUGGAGAACAUACCGCAUAACGCGCUCAUUGGGAGGGUGAUAUGCGAGGCUCCCACCAGGCUGCAGGGGAGCGACUUGAACGAGACGUCGGAAGCGGAUCUGUGCCCUUCACAGAACGGCGCCGUGGACACCAGCCUGGUCGCCCCUCCCACCCAGGAGGAGAUCUCGGAGACCCGCGGUGGUCCCACGCCUUACAAGCCCAGCAGAGACGCCAGCGGGCCCCCAACGCCUGGAGGAGGCGGCGGCGGCGGCGGCGGGGGCCACGGCCACGGGGCCAAGAACCGCUCCAAAUCUCGUGAGAACUGGCAGCUGAAGACGAAGCCCACGCCGGUGCUGACAGGUGUGAACGGGGACAGGGAGCAGCAGCAGCUGCACAACAUGACCUGCCCCCAGCCGUGCAACUGCAAGCUGGUGGGCUCCAGGCAGGGGCUGGGGGUCAACUGCGAGGGCAAAAAGAUCGAGAGCCUAUCCAACCUCAAGCCCAAGCCCCUGGCCGCGCACGAGCUGAACAUGAGAGACAACAACAUACACGCCGUGAAGAAGAACCAGCUGCUGGGCUACUCCAGCCUCAACCUGCUCGACCUGGGCGGGAACAACAUCAAGGUGAUCGACAACAGCACCUUCCUGAACCAGAGCGAGCUCAGGUGGCUCUACAUGGAUAAGAACUACCUGGAUACGCUGAUAGCAGAGAUGUUCGUGGGCCUUGUGAAUCUGGAAUACCUCAGUUUGGAAUACAACGACAUCCAGCUGAUCGUGGCAGGUGCGUUCGGCCCCAUGCCCAACCUGAGGGUUCUGUUCCUCAACAACAACCUGCUUAAGUCUUUACCCGUGGAUGCUUUCCUUGGGAUUUCUUUAUCCAAAAUUAGCCUGCAUAACAAUUAUUUCCCCUAUCUCCCCGUGGCUGGCGUGUUGGACCAGCUCAACUCAAUCAUACAGAUCGAUUUGCACGGGAACCCGUGGGAUUGCUCGUGCAACAUCCUGCCCUUCAAGCAGUGGACGGAGAAGCUCGGGGCCGACGUGAUCGUGAGCGACCUCAAGUGCGAGUCCCCAGAAGAGUUCUGGAAGCGCGACUUCCGCUACGUGCGCAACGACCUCAUGUGCCGCAAACUGUACGACAAAGUCUCCCCCAACCCCGAGUCCAAAAACAGCACUUUCGCCCAGGACUCGGGGACGCGCUCGAACUCCUAUUUGGAGCCGAACAGGGUCUCCAUCUCGGUGCUCGUCCCCGGGCUGCUGCUGGUGUUUGUCACGUCCGCUUUCACAGUCGUGGGGAUGCUUGUGUUCAUUUUGCGGAACCGAAAGAGGUCAAAGCGGAGGGAGGGGAACUCUUCGGCCUCGGAGAUCAAUUCCUUGCAGACAGUGUGUGACUCGUCUUAUUGGCACAGCGGGCCUUAUAACGCGGACGGGGGCGCGCACCGGGGCUUCGACUGCAGCACGCACCUCACCACGACAAAUGAUGCGUAAAAAGGGGGGAGG